AUGCACGAUCGAAGUGUCUAUCUACAUGAUCGUUUUCUUUUACGACGUACACCAAUGCAAUUGGAUCAACGAAAUGUAUGUCCACCAUGGAGAUAUACACAAAUACCUGUCGAACUUUUCGAUCUUAUGACUGCACCACCAUUUAUGUCCGUUCGUCUCUAUCGUCUUCAUUAUGAAAUUUUACAAUUUUAUCAAUUCAUGAUUCCAACUGAAGAAGAACAUGCUGUACGACAACAAGUUAUUAAUCGUAUAACUAAUGUUAUUAAUCAAUAUUUACCUACAGCGUCUGUUGAUAUUUAUGGCAGUUAUAAAACUGGUUUAUAUUUACCGAUGAGUGAUAUUGAUUUAAUUGUUCAUUCAAAAGAUGGUCGUCAAUGGCGACCAGAAGAACUUGAAGCAUUAAUGUUAGUUUUACGUGAAGCUUUUUGUCGUCAUCGUAUAUGUACACAAGAAGGUAUUCAAUUAUUAAAUGGAGCAACAGUACCAAUUAUUAAAUUAACUGAUCGACGAACUGAUGUUAAAGUAGAUAUGAGUUUUAAUAUGAAUAAUGGUCUUCGUAGUGCUCAACUUAUUCUCCAUUAUUUAGAAGUAUAUCCAUCAUUGAAAUAUCUCGUUUAUGUAUUAAAACAAUAUUUAUUACAACUUAAUCUAAAUGAAGUAUGGACAGGUGGUAUUAGUAGUUAUUCACUUAUUCUUAUGUUGGUCUGUUUUUUCCAAACUUAUUAUAAAAAAGAUCAACAUUCAUUUUGGUCAUCAUCAUUAUCAUCUUCAUUUCUAUCUGGAUUAUCAACAUCAUCAACAGCAACAAUUAAAACAACAUCAUCAUCAUUAAAAAAUGGAAAUCAAAUUGGUACUACAGAUGAUUGUUCAUCUUCAACAUCAUAUCCAUCAUCAUCAGCUGCUUCAUGUAUAUCAUCAGAUGAUAAUAAUAGUUGUAGUAAUAAUAACAGUGAUCUUGAUGAUGAUCAUUUUAAUAAUGGUAUUAGUGGCGGUAGUAAUAGUAGUAGUAACAGUUGUACAACAAGUAGUAAUAAUAGUAUGAUUGAACAUGCCAAUCUUGGUCAUAUGCUUAUAAGUUUUCUUGAAUUAUAUGGUGUAUAUUUUAAUUAUGCUAAAUUGGGCAUUCGUGUACAAACACCACAUCAACCUGAUCGUCCAGCCGGUUUUAUAGAUAAAGAAGAAUUAUUUAAAAAUUUUUGUUGUGGACAUCGUACGAUCAGUAAUUUAUGUAUUGUUGAUCCAUUUAAUGAUAAAAAUGAUAUUAGUAAAGCUUCAUGGUUAACACCAAAACUUAAUUCAGCAUUUCGUGAAGCAUUUGAUAAAUUAUUACAAAGUGUAUCUGAUCAAAAUACAACAUUAAAAAAUGCACCUUCUAUACUUUCAAAAAUUCUUACUGUCAGUGAAAGUACACUGAUCUAUCGAAAACGACUACGGUCCAUUUAUCGUGAUUAUCAAAAUGAACAACGACCAACUCGACAGAUUCAACAUAGUCGAUUAAAUUAUGGUCCAAUUGAUAAACCAUUGAUACAAUAUUCAAAUGGAAAUUCAUUAAAAUAUCCAUAUCAUAUACAAUUUCAACAACAAUUAUAUGCAUCACAUAAUUUAUUUCAUCGACCUCAACCACAACGAACGAAUCAUCAAAGAUCUGUCGAUGAUGAUCAUCGAAAUGCUCAAGAAUAA